AGUCCUGGACUAUAUAAGGUGCCUUCUCCCUUAGAAAAGCAUCAGCAACUUCAACUUCAACCUGUUCAGUGCAAAACUACUGCACCAGAGGAGAGAGAAAGCAGACGAGCAACAAUAAAGAAGCGAACUAUUUGAACCAUGAUCUCCACACUGCAGAAAACUGUUAAACCACUGUGGGCUGUCCGAGGGCUGCACAAGUCAGCAAUGGAAGUUUUGAAGCACCCAGCCCCGGAGGAAACAGUCACAUCCAGUUUUGGGAAGUUCAUCAGUGAAAUAAAACCUCAUCACUUGUCCCCCAAAGUCCUCCAUCGCAGCAAAAGGAUGGUGCUGGACAGCAUUGGGGUUGGUCUGAUUGGCAGCACUACAGAAGUGUUUGAACUGGCUCUGCAGCACUGCCAGCACAUGUACGCUCCUGAUGACAUCUGCUCUGUAUACGGACGCAAGGACACCAAACUGUCCCCAACACUGGCAGCUUUUGUCAACGGAGUGGCGACUCACUCCAUGGACUUUGAUGAUACGUGGCACCCUGCCACUCAUCCAUCAGGAGCAGUCCUUCCUGCUGUGUUAGCACUGAGUGACAUGACGCCAUUUAACCACAAACCCAAUGGCCUGGACUUCCUGCUGGCUUUCAAUGUCGGUAUCGAGAUCCAGGGGCGACUGAUGAGGUUCUCUAAUGAGGCCCACAACAUCCCCAAACGGUUUCACCCUCCAAGCGUGGUCGGGACAAUGGGUAGUGCAGCUGCCUGUGCUCGCUUCUUGUCCUUGGAUGCCUCCCAGUGCAGUCAUGCCUUAGCCAUAGCUGCUUCUCUAUCUGGAGCCCCAAUGGCUAAUGCUGCCACUCAGUCGAAACCCCUCCACAUCGCCAAUGCCUCACGUUUGGGGCUAGAGGCAGCUCUACUGGCCUCCCGAGGUCUAGAGGCUAGUCCCCUCAUCCUAGAUGCUGUCGCGGGAGUGUCUGGCUUCAGUGCUUUUUAUGAAGACUAUGUGCCACAGCUUCUAGAAUCACCCAGUGAUGACGGCCAUGUGUUCCUGCUAGAAGAACAGGACAUGGGCUUCAAGCGCUUCCCUGCCCAUCUGGGGAUGCACUGGGUGGCAGAUGCCGCAGCUUCUCUCCAUAAGCUGCUUGUGGGGGUGGGCACUGGCACUGUCUCACCAGCUAACAUCAAGGACAUCCAGCUCAGAGUCCCCAAAUCAAAGUACAUCAACAGGCCUUUCCCUGAGUCUGAACAUGAGGCACGCCACUCCUUCCAGUUCAAUGCCUGCAGCGCUCUCCUUGAUGGAGAGGUGACUGUACAGUCCUUCACCCCUGCUGCCAUCAGCCGGCCCGAGCUGCUUGCUCUACUGAGCCGUGUUCGUUUGGAGCAUCCCGAUGACAAUCCGGCUAAUUUCAACAGCAUGUAUGGCGAAGUGCAGGUGACACUCGUUGGAGGAGACGUUCUGAAGGCUCGAUGUGACACCUUCUACGGCCACUGGCGCAACCCACUGACCAAUGAGAGCUUGACGAAGAAGUUCAGAAACAACGCAGGGGUGGUGCUUCCAUCAGAAAAGGUUGAGUUGUUGAUUGAUGUGGUGGAGGAGCUGGACAGAAUUGGGGACUGCGGAGUUCUUUUGUUACAGCUGCAAUAAAAACAACAUGCAGAAAAUAUUGUAAAUAAAGUAGUAAAAUAAAUUCUGCCAAACAAUCGACUCUCAAAUGAUGUAUUUAUCCGAACAAAAACUGAAGAAUAUCACUCAUCUGAAUCAUGCACUUUAUAAUUGUGCUGCAUGCAUACAAUUAUACCACAUGCCUCAUUACCAGUGCUGGAAAACAUUGAAAUUGAGCUGUGUGAUUUCAUAUUUAUCAAAUGUAUAUUGCUUAACUAUUUUGUUGUGGUUUUAUUUAAUGAAGAAAUCAAUAUCACAAGUUGCAUUUCUG